CCUGUUGGAAACGUUUGCCAAGAAUUAUACAACGGAAAACCAGAAAUUGUAGCACUCGAAAUUCUCCGAUUAUCGUCUCCUUUCAUACUUUAAUCCUAUGUCUUGCAUCACUUGUAUGCGAUUCAACACUCUACCUCAUCCCCACCAUGUCAGGUGUGGUUUUCACACAUUAGACGUUCCUGUUGCUUCUUCUACUCGCUUUCACUUGCGGUUUCAUUUGAAGCAUGCUCAAAUCACAGGGGAAUGUCUACAACUCCGGUGUGUACGUGGUGGCGAUCCUCAUGGGUUAUCAGAUCUUUCCAGCAGCUCCGUAGAACACGAAGGGGAAGGCAAUGAAAGUCAAGGAAAGUCAUCCUCAUCACAUGAGAUAUUGGAAAAGCUUAGAAGAUAUGGAAUUUCAGGGAUAUUGUCCUACGGGCUACUGAACACUGCUUAUUAUCUUUCUGCCUUUCUCAUCGCUUGGUUCUACAUUGCCCCAGCACCUGGGAAGAUGGGUUAUUGGACAGCGGUUAAAAGAUUUGUGAAAUUGAUGGCCAUGGUCUGGGCUGGAAGCCAAGUAACUAAACUUGUGAGAGCAGGAGGGGCUUUAGCACUUGCACCUCUGGUUGACAAAGGUUUAACCUGGUUCAUGGCCAAAUUCAAGUUCAAAUCACAGGCAAAGGCCUUCACGGUGAUUGUUGGGUGCUGUUUCGGGAUUGCAGCUGUGUUGUUUAUCGUUGUGACGCUGCUUUCGGCCUAAACCUUCUUUGUUCCUAUUUAUUUACCCUCAAGACAACAUUCACCCAACCUCUCUAUAGCAUUUUGGUCUGAGAUUUGAAUCGUUAGAAGGGCAUUUAUGUCAUUUUCUACCUUUUUCAUGAGUAGUUGUAACCAACCAGAUUUGGCAAUCAUAAGCUAACCUAUUUUUUAACU